ACAAUCUUUUCUAGCUACCCCACUCCCACAGCCCCCCUACUAUUGUCCGCUUUCGCUCUCUCCCCUCCCUCCCGGCCCGCGCGCCGCGAAGGCCACCGCUGACCGCCCCGCCGCCCCCUUUUGGCAUUCUCGACGUCUCACACCUCCUCCUCCUCCUCCGCCGCCGGGCCUCUGAUCUACCAAUUAAUUAAUCAUUAAAUGGGGAACUGUUGCUCGGGGGAAGCUGCACCUGACGCCGCCGCGCAGGAAAACAAAGCCGCCGACCAGAACGCGGAGGGAUCCGCGUCCCACAACGGCGGCGGCGAGAAUGGGUGCGGCGAAAACGGCUCCGCGCACGGGAAUGGUAAUCUUCCGACGAAAACGACUCCUCCCUCUCCAGGCCACUCCUCGAAGCCGACGGCCAUCGGACCGGUCCUCGGCCGGCCGAUGAGCGACGUCCGGACGAACUACACGAUCGGGAAGGAGCUGGGGAGGGGCCAGUUCGGGGUUACCCACCUGUGCACGGAUAAACAGACGGGAGAGCAGUUCGCGUGCAAGACAAUCGCGAAGAGGAAGCUGGUGAACAAGGAGGAUAUCGAGGAUGUGAGACGGGAAGUACAGAUCAUGCACCACCUGACAGGACAGCCCAACAUCGUACAGCUAAAAGGGGCGUACGAGGACAAGCACUCGGUCCAUCUGGUCAUGGAGCUGUGCGCCGGGGGAGAGCUCUUCGAUCGCAUCAUCGCCAAGGGGCACUACACGGAACGCGCCGCCGCGUCCCUCCUCAGAACCAUCGUCCAGAUCGUCCACACUUGCCAUUCCAUGGGCGUCAUUCACAGAGAUCUCAAACCCGAGAAUUUCCUCCUCCUCAGCAAAGACGAAGAUGCCCCUCUCAAGGCUACAGAUUUCGGUCUUUCCGUCUUCUACAAACAAGGAGAUGUGUUCAAGGACAUUGUGGGUAGUGCGUAUUACAUUGCACCGGAAGUCUUGAAGAGAAGCUAUGGGCCAGAGGUUGAUAUAUGGAGCGUUGGUGUUAUGCUAUACAUUCUUCUUUGUGGUGUUCCUCCUUUCUGGGCAGAAUCUGAGAAUGGAAUAUUCAAUGCAAUUUUGCGUGGGCAUGUGGAUUUUUCGAGCGACCCAUGGCCAGCGAUUUCGCCUGGGGCAAAGGAUCUGGUCAAGAAAAUGUUGAAUUCCGACCCCAAGCAAAGAUUAACAGCAUUGGAAGUUCUAAAUCAUGCAUGGAUCAAGGAGGAUGGAGAAGCACCAGACACGCCGCUUGACAAUGCUGUUUUGGAUAGAUUGAAGCAGUUCAGAGCCAUGAACAAGUUCAAGAAAGUUGCGCUCAGGGUCAUCGCAGGUUGCCUCUCCGAGGAAGAAAUCAUGGGGUUGAAGGAUAUGUUCAGAACCAUGGAUACCGACGGAAGUGGCACGAUUACCCUCGAGGAAUUGAAGCAAGGCCUGUCUAAGCAAGGGACAAAACUGUCCGAAUACGAAGUCAAGCAACUCAUGGAAGCUGCUGAUGCUGAUGGAAACGGCACAAUAGACUACGAAGAAUUCAUUACAGCAACAAUGCAGAUGAACCGAAUGGACAGAGAAGAGCAUCUAUACAUCGCAUUCCAGUACUUCGACAAAGACAAUAGUGGCUACAUUACAAUCGAGGAAUUAGAGCAAGCUCUAAGAGAAUUCGGCAUGGGUGACGACAAGGACAUAAAAGAAAUUAUUUCUGAAGUCGACUCAGACCAUGAUGGGAGGAUUAACUACGACGAGUUUGUGGCCAUGAUGAAGAAAGGCAACCCGGAUGCAGCAGCGAACCCAAAGAAAAGAAGAGACGUGUCGUUCGACUCAUAGUAAAAUAAAAUAAAAUGUUUCAUUAUUAUUAUUAAUAUCGUCGAAGGAUGGGCCGGGGUUACGUUGUCACGUACAUAUAUAUAUGCAUGCAUGCAGAGGUGGCUAAGGAUCGGAGAAUUAUAUAUAUUAUUGGAAGAGAGGAAAUGCCCGCAGUACGUACAGUUAGUGAGAUGACGAUUAUUUUAGCUUUGUUGUUGGCGAGGGAAUUGAAGAUCAAACAUAUAUAUACUACAAAUGUGAAUAUAGAUGGAUGGAUGGAUGGAUGGAUGGAUGGAUGGAACAAAUUUCAGAUCAUGAUGAUGAUGAGAUCCCACGAAGUCAAGGAUUGUAGUCCGGAUAUUAACAACGUUCUAUUAAAAAAA